GGGACGAGACUCAGUCGACUAUCGCACUGCACGGUCGCUCGCCGUGUGGCUUAGUCGUUCGCUAACCGCGGGAGGGGUACGUUGCGCCGCGCCAUUUUUUCUCAUCGAUCGGCAUCACAUGUAAAGUGAGAUGGACGUACUACCGAGCGGUAACUUGUUCCGCGAACUGCAAGAUGUCACUGACACGGGCUACUUCGAGUGGAAGCUGUCGCUGGAGGACUACUGGCAACAGAUGUCGCCAGAUUCUGAAGAGUGGAUAAAUUUAAUGGAGAAAAUCGAAGAAAUGGAGUUUUCCAUUCGACCCCUAUCUACGUCGCCAAUUUGUAACGAAAGUAACGACUAUAAAAUCGAUACAUGUUACGAGAUGGAGCGGUAUUUGCGAGAGGAGCCGAACAAGCGUCGCGAACCUGGCGAGGAGGAGGAGUGGGCUCGGCCUCCCACACCGCCCUCCCCGCCAGAGGUCAAGCCGUGCGUGUCUCCUCUGCCAAUGCUCGCCAAGCCUCCGAGCACUGCUACCACCACGCACUUCACAUUCUUCACCACUGUGAAGUGUGAGCCGCCGAGCGACUCCGAGGAGCCGAUGCGGGAGCAAACUCCCAGCCCGGUGCCGGUGCAGCUGCUGGUGCCGCGCAAGGUGCAGGUGACCCGGCACCACGGCCACACUCACACCACCGACCCGCGCCGUCGCGUGCACCGCUGCGAGUUCCCAUCUUGCGAUAAGGUCUACACCAAGAGCUCUCAUCUGAAGGCGCACAAGCGCACUCAUACUGGCGAGAAGCCGUACAAGUGCUCCUGGGAGGGCUGCGAGUGGCGCUUCGCCCGGUCGGACGAGCUGACGCGGCACUACCGCAAGCACACCGGCGCCAAGCCGUUCCGCUGCCGCCACUGCGAGCGCUGCUUCUCGCGCUCCGACCACCUGGCGCUGCACGCCAAGCGCCACGCGUAGCCCGCGGCCCCCGUCGUCCGCGCGCCGCCACGGAAACGCAAAUAAACCGCGCGCGCAUUUUUUAUUAUUUACAAGUUAUUUUUAGUGGUUCCGUUUAUAGGUUGUCGUGAGUUGUGAACACGGAAUUGAUUGUGAUGCGCGCUGCUCCAUACAGCGUCAAGCCAAAGAAUGCCGCUACAUCGUAGCCGAGUCAACACUCAUUGCACCUAAUGCUUUAAAGUUAUUUUUUUAAGUUUAUCGAGUUUUUAUUCGGGAAAAAUCUCUUUGAUGUUUCGGCAAUUAUCGUUACGGUUCUUUGUUGCUAAGAGUUCGAUUUAUAGCCGUUGUGUAUUAUGUAAUUUUGUGAGCUUUGUGUAUUUUGGCGUCGUCGCGUAGCGAUGGCGCGUGUGUGCCAUGAGUGGGGGGCGCGCGUCCCCCCACAUGCAUUUCAUUUGCGGUCAUAUUAUUUAUUGGGGAGUUCGGCUAAUGAUCCCACCGACGCCGAGCACGACCUUUAUUACUUUAGGCUUAGUGCGUCGCGUUACCUGAUGUCUGCCGGCGCCGCGCACGCUCGACGGCCGGCGGCAGCACGCAGCCCAGAGUCCGCACCGCUCGCUCGCUCGGCUCGCUCGACCGGUUCGCGGCUCCGGCGCAGAUUCGUGUUUAUUUUGUAUAAUUCGUAUUAUAUUCAUUAGGUUAAGCUUUCUCUUUACUCUUUCAUUCCGAUAUUUUGCGGUUAACUGGCCUUUAUUUCGUUAGUAGUACGAUUUAUUAUUGUGCGCACUAUUUGAUUUCGGUGUGCCGGUACACACAUAGCGUCGAGUAACAAUGUUUAGCCUGUAGGGAGGAUAACAUCUAUAGUACAUAUUUUUUUUUAUUUUUGUAAAAGGGACGCUACGUGUGUAGGGCCUUGUUGAUUCUGGAGGAGACGAGGGCCGUCGGCCGUGGGUUCCGUGUGUUCCGUCUUGAUCUCAGUAAUAUCCAAGAACCGCACUUAUAUCGACUCGCCGCCGUGGCCACUCGUCGCCGGUCGGAACACAGUCGCUAUUGUUUAAGUCCAUAAUGAAUAUUCGAAGACUGGUCUCGGACCUCGCGUCCACCACUACACCAGCCUGCACCCUAGUAGCACAGCACACUCGCGACAUCAGACUUCUUCAUCUCGGCAAGUGUCGCCCGGCGAGGAUGCUGCGCUACUACGGUAUCUAUAACCACCACCAACUACUUAUCGUAUCUUUAUAUUUGAACAAGUAUUUUUCAUUAUAUUUUUUAUUAAAUUAUUAUCUUUAAGGAAGUCAUGUAAUCAUCACAAUGAAGUAAAUUAAGUUACCAGAAGCACUUUUUACUGGGUUCAACGACACUUGCUUGCGAGGAGCAUUUUUAGAUAUCUCUGCUGAGUCACUAACUCCAUAGUGGCAGUGUGGAGACUACUAACAUAAGUUAGUUUGUCUAGUUAGCUUGAGCACAAAGAGUGAGAGUGAGUGACAACUGUAUUACUAUAGAACUGCCAUUGAAACACUGGACGGCGUCGUUGGCAUGCCAGUAACUGUGCAUUUUACUUACAUACCUCCCGGGGCCAAUAUUUUAGUCUUCCCUUUCGAUAAGUUCUACAAAUAACAGUUUACUCCCACUAAUACGGAGCAUCACGCGCACGACACGACAUAAAAUAAAUUGUAAGACCAUACAAAUUUUAAUAUAGUCAAACAUUGAAUAUAACACGACUGAAUUAAAGAAAUAAUAAAACUUUGAGAGAGAAUAAAUAAAUAGAUCUGAUAUCUGAUACUUUUCAUUUUGGUUGGAUAAUAAAUAGUAUGUUAACAAAAUACAAUGUAGUUGUGAAUACAUCACGCUUAUGAAUUGCGAUCAAAAUUAGCGUAAGAUUUGUGUUAAGCCUUAUUUUACUGUUUUACAUGAUAUUUGAAUUAAGAAAACUGUUGGUUCGUCUAGUGCGCGUGUGCUCCGUAACUCAUGUACUCCCAUGUCAUACAAGUCUGCAUUUGCACUUAUACACAGUACGAUAUACUAAUUGUCCAGUGACUGAGAGAUGAGGAGAAAACAAUUGACUUCAAUACUCUUUACUUCCUGGGUAACGUUAUUCCUUGUAUUUUAUAUCGUUAUUCUUUGGAGGACACGAGCGAAAUUUUCAAACUCUCAUAUUUGCCUCCAUCAAACUUCAGUGUGCUUAGCACUUUUAGCUCUUGACGUCACUUUCAGUUACUGUGAUGUGAACUCAAAGAGCCUCCUAUAAUCACUAAAAUUACAUUUUCGAAGAUUAAUAAGGAAAUCUCUCUCAUCCACUCUCUCAGUCUAAGGACACGCUGUAUAUCGCGGUUCCAUGUACUUGUACAGUCACGGUUAAAACACAUUCGUCAUUAGUUGUCUUUUAAAAUUAACUUAGGUAGGUACAUGUUUAGUGCUAGGUACACAAUGCCUCACGAAACGGAUUCAGACCACUCUUCAGUGUGAUACGAACAGAAAGAGACAGAAAAACUAAUACUAAAUUUGUUGUGAAUACCAAGGCUAGUUGGGCAGUGUAAUAAAAUAUAUUAAUCCUUAUUACAAUUGGUGUCAUGUUACAAAAACAAAAAACAAAAAAAAAAUAAUAAUAGCAUGAUGAAGAACUUUGUACUGUGACUGUACUUUUAUUUUUUAUUAAAACUAUUUUUUUUUUCGUUAUAUUUUUAUUAUACACGUGUUAUUUUUUGGCAAUAUUACAAAGUUUAUUCGGAAAAAUCUCAAUUAAGUAUAUUUUAUUUAUAUUUUACGUUAACAGAUUUUUUUAAAAAAGUGUAACAUUUUAUAAUUUUCGCAAAGUUUGUCAACUGUCAAAAUGGUUAUUAUUAAAAAAACGUCAUUACUGUUUUGUUUUGACAGUAGACAAUAACCGAAUUACGUGUUCAAUAGCGAUAAUAAAGGAAAUCAUUCAAGUCAAUAUCAACGAAAUAAAUAUUGUUAAUUUCAAAGAAAUUUGUCUUCAUAUUUCGGCUCAACUUUUUCUCUAUCUAUCUAUUCAGGAAUUAUAAAAAACAGAACUAAAAUAAAAGUAAACUAUCAAAAUUUCAAAACCAUAUCCAAUUGUGAUGUCACAAGAUUCAAGUUAAUUGACUAAUUCAUAAAAUUGAAAGACAUUAGAACUGUCAGUCGCUUUAAAAGAAUUGCUAUUGAGUACACGUAAUUAUGAUUGCACGGGCAUAUACAGGGGGAUUAGAUGCAGGUAAGGCCCCAGUCUGCGACGGGGCUUAGGUAAACAGUAAGUAAAGUGCUUUGAAUCAUCCGUGUGUGCUUGGAUUGAAUCUGUGUACGCCCUUAGCUAGCUUCACACCCAGCUAGAAGCACUGUGUUACCAAACACAAGUUAAGGGUUAGGCUAUAUACGUAAAUUCAAGUGUUAGUUGUACGAAUUUAGCUUAUAUAAUCAUACAUAACCACCUAAUCUAAUUAUUCAUUCUGCAUUUUUUCUAGAUCGAUGUAUAAGUGUAACAACCGUGAAAUCAUAGAUGUAAGAAACAAAAAAGUAAAAAAAAAAAAUUAAUGUGAUUCAUAAAUUUAUUAUACUUUACUAUGAUAAAGGAUGACACUAGAGACAUGUAUAUUGGUAUGGAUACCGCUUUAUGGAUGGUCUAUGUGUACUAGUGUAAUAUGCACGACGGCUGGUAAAUGCAUAUGUAGUUUCGUAGAAAACAUACUACUUAUACUAUACCUAUUCGUAAUGUAACCCGCUGACCGCCACUCUAAUGCCCGUAUUACUAAUGCACACUAUAAUGUACCGUACCGGAGUGUAAUUUUUGAAUCGACAAUAAAUUAUUCCCAUUCUAUCGAUUAACAAUUGCCUGAUGCAAUUUACCUAUAAUCCGUUGACAAACUGACCCUGGCGGUAAACGGUUUGUGCACGAGAUUCGAAAAUGUAACUCCACUCUGUCAGCGGGUACCAUAGAAUCGAUUUGAUUCCAUAUAAAUGUCAAACUAUGUCAUAAUUGUAUUAGAAAACGUAAUAAUUAUAUAACGAAAUAUACAUUUGUCUAAUAUAUACUUACAUAAUUAUUAUAUUAUAUGAAAUAGUGAAUUUUUCGUCAUUCAAGAUAUGCGGCUGUGUUAGAAUCAACUCUUCUAAUAAAUUUUCGAUUCCGCCGUCUCGGGAAGCGUUUACAAAUAUGAUUAAAAAUAGUUUUUAAGUCUCCCUAUCCCAAGUAAUGUUUUAAGGCCGAUUUAAGAAUUAAUUAGCUAAUUAAAUUUCAGUAAAGAGCAAGAAAUUAACUUUGUGUCGGUUCCAAACGUGAGGAAAAAUUGGUCAAUCAUUUUCGGAGAAAAAGUAUACUUGAUAAUAAGACUGUCCACUGUCCAGUUCCUUCCAGUAGAUGGGAAUCUAGAAAAUUACCAUUUUUAGAAAUAUUCACCCAUAUUUAUCACCUAACUAAACAACCUGUCAACGCUAAAGAUAAGAGCUUUGUAAACAAAGACGCACAAUUAUAUUAUUACUAAGUAAAUCAAGGUACUUAUAAAGUUAAUCUCUUGCCAAUCUUAUAUUUCAUUGUUACACGCGGUAAAAGCCUUGUCACUUGAUUAUAAACUUUGUAUUGGAGAGAACACAAUGUAUAUUUUAGCUUGGGACCUUGCCAAACUUGUUUUCAAAUACGAAAGUUGAACUUGAACUAUUGGUUUAACACCUACAUAAAGUUUGACCUGUUUUGUGAGCUAGGUAGUGACCUAAUUCUGAUUGUUUUCCAUCUAUAGAUCCUUGUGAGCUCUAAGUCCGCUGUAAGGUCACUCAGAUUGGGCCAGGGUCCGAAAAUCAAUACCGAAGGGGGGUUAUAUGAGCGGGGGAAUUGCGACCUUGACAGUAGCGCCAACUACUGGGAAAUAUAUGAACUAAAAUUGGGACUAUAAGUCUUAAUGAGUAUGUGGCAUGUAUGAAUAGAAAAAUGUCAGGUGUAAGGUGAAAACCGCGUGUUUUGUUAUAGGUUUUUGGCUAAACAGAGCCUUUAUUAGUAUUUUUGUACUCUUUUUUAAUUUAAUUCUUUUGAUACUAUACUGCUUUGUUACAUUCCAUGGGUUCCCGAUUCGGCUGGUUAUUUUGAAUUACUACAUAAUAUAAUAUUGUAAGAUUUUUGAUCACUUGUAACCGGCUGUUGAUUAACUGUGAGGUAUAAAUGCAUUCUUGUGAUUAUCUGAAGAACUAUUGUAAUAUUUAUAUUGCAAAUGGACACAUAAAACACCCAGAAUGCUCAAUAUCUAGAAACAUGUCUUUAUAAGCUCUCCACAAUAAUAUAAUCAAAUAUAAUAUUGUUAGAUAAUAACUUUUUACUACUUUUAAUAAAUUAUAUUCUAUUGUAUUCAUAAGUAAACAUUUACACUAUUAUUAUACUAAUACUCCACAAAGGUUGUCUGUAUUUCAAUAUAAAACUGAAUAGUUAGGUUAUUUCAAGGUUGUAACUAGGGAAUGAAAUUCAAAAUAAGGCUAACUACCUGUAAACAACGAUUUAGAUCACAUUUUUUGUAAAAAACUGUUGUGGAAAGCUUGUAAACACAUGACCAUUGAACACUCAACUUCUAUAUCAGCUCAGAGCUAUAAACAAAAGAAAAUACAAAAUUAAUCCACAGUCGGUUAAAAGCACUAUUAAGAAGAAGACUUUCGUCUCAAAUCAUUGGUGACGUCACUGAUAAUACGUCAUUAAAUUGCCAAAUUGCGUCACUGAUCUUCUGACUACAGUCUAGAAAGCUGCGCCUUUUUUGUAUCAAGGACUAUCCAGGAAUAAUAUUUAUUGUGAUAUUUGGCAUUUUCCCAGCCAUUAAAUAAGCUUGUAUGGGCUCAAAUUACAUGGAAAUUCUAGUAAAAUUGUAUUGGGAAGUAAACAUCACAUACUGUUACUUUAUUAGCUUAGCAAAAUGUUAGCUUUAAAUGAUUUUAGGACUAUAAAUGUUCCUAGGCUGUAUUUUUAUUGUAAAUGUCUAUAUUGAGUGCUGAGCUAGGACACAGGCUGGCCAGAUUUGAGCUCCAUUUAGUUCAAGGCUAGCUUUGUCUCCCUUAGCUCUAUACACUCAUAUUUGAAUGCAAGAUACUGUGAGAAUCUUAUGUAUACCUAUAAAAUAAAAUUGUUUGUUGGUAUAAUUGACAAAAAGUAUUUGUUUCACACGCUUUGGAGAGUUUGUAUUUAAUGUUUCAUAAGUCGUUAUAAUUAAGUGUAAAUUAAAAUGUUUAAAUUAAUUGUUAUGUUUAGUUAGAAACAGAUGCUUGUAUGUAUGUAUGUAACACUGGAUAGUCAUCAAUGAUUCUUGUGGAUAAUUUUGUAAUGAAGUAUACUUAAAAAGGGCGAAGCUUUUGAAACAUAAUAUGUUAUCUUCUAGUUUGUAUGGAGGCCGGCGAUUAUAUUUCCAAUGAGCCGUGUCCUCAGUAUAAACGUCUAAUUAUAGUUACUAAUCAUAAAUAUUUACAACCACAAGUAAUAAUAAUAAUGGUUAUUGUAAAUAAUUCGUUAUUAUUAUUAUUUAAGUGUCUUCGUUUCCUUUCUGAUGUAUGUAUAGUAGGCGCCCCCCAAUGGGGACAAAUGACGUAGCAUACACGUUUUAUAUUAUUAAAUUUUUCUUAUAUGUGGAAUAA